CCCCCAAAUUCACCCCAAAUCCCCCCGGGACCCCCAAAAUCCCCCCUAAAUUUUGGCUCCCCUCUCUCACCCGUGUCCCCCCACCCCAAAUUGGGGGUUCCUGACGGGGGUCCCCCCACAUUUGGGGGCUCAGCGGGGGGACUCGGUGGUGCUGGAGAACGUCAGCCCCGAGGGGGAGCAGCUGCCGGGGAGCCUCGGGCGCCUCAUGAACCCCGGACACGCCCUGGAGGCCGCCUGGCUGCUGCUGGAGUUCGCGGGGCGCAGGGGGGACGCGGAUUUGGGGGCUCGGGCCGUGGCUGCGCUGGUGGAGGGACCCCUGAAAUGGGGCUGGGACCCCCAGCACGGGGGGCUCUUCUACUUCCUCGACGCUGAUGGGCACUGCCCCACGCAGCUGGAGUGGUCCAUGAAGCUCUGGUGGCCCCACGCCGAGGCCAUGGUUGCCCUCCUGGCCGCCCACCGCUUCCAGCCCCGGCCCAGUUUGGUCUCCCAGUUCCUCCAGCUGGCCCAGUUCACCUUCGACAAGUUCCGCGACCCCGAGCACGGCGAGUGGUUCGGGUACCUGAACCGCGACGGCUCCGUGGCGCUUUCCAUCAAGGGUGGACCCUACAAAGGCUGUUUCCAUGUGGCGCGGGCGCUGCUGAUGUGUGAGGAGAUGCUGGACGCCAUCUUGGAAGAGGAGGAGGGAGCGGCCGGGGACCCCCCAAAAAAAUAAAUUUAGGGAGCCCCCCUCCCCAAAAAAAAUCGGGAUUUCAACCUGAAUCGAGCUGAGGGACCCCUCCUCAAUAAUCCAAAUAAAAGCGGGGCCCCUCGGAGUGAAAUAAAGGGAAAAAAAUUGUAAUAAAGUUAUGGGACGGGCCCGUCCCGCCCUCAGAAAAAAUCCGUGUGGGGCCUCAACAAAAUCCUCCUCGAAACCCCCCAAAAGUCUCCUCAAAAUUCUCUGGAAUUCCAAAAAAAAAAA